UCAACCUUGAAGCAGAGAGGUAACCUAAGCCCCUCCGUAUAUACUGUAGAGCUGCACAGAGGAAGCGGGGAGAGAUACAACCAUAUAUAAUUGCCACAUAAUACACCUCUUGCAAAUACUGCAACAUCACAGUGAAGGGCAUGAUCUAAGAACCUGAAGCAAGGAGAAUAACACUCCUAUUACUGGUUUGGGUCUGAAACAGCUAAACUAAACAAAGGCUCCCAGUCUUCCCCCAAACCCCUUUUGUAACUGCAAUGCUUCCCAUGGCCCUUUAGUCUCAGUCUUUUGUUGCUUGUUUUUCUCAGCCUUAAAAUGAUCAAACAAAAUAAAUUACAGAGCACACAUCUGGUUCUACAGCAUAUAUAACCAGAACACUCAGGAGGGGACCCGGUGUAUGCAUCCUUGUACUUGACCCUCAGUUUGGUACUGUCUAUUUGAAUUGCCUGGGAGGAGUUGAAUUAAUACAAAACAUUGUCUUUAUAUAGCAAAGAAUUUGAAUAAUGUGACCCAACUCACAUGUUGACAGAAUGUGUGAGCAGUUCAUCUGCAUAGGGCUUAAGUAAAAUGUCCUGUCAUUAGCUGCAGUGAGCUGCUUUACACCUAAGUAAAUCUGGAUUCCUGUGAUCUCUUGCACAUUUUUGCUUAUUGUUCAUCCCUGACAUAUCUUAUUUGUUCAUAGCAAAUAGUACCACUUUCCCAAAUGACCCAAUUAUUUUUUCAUAUAUGUUUUCAGGUAUACUUCUUAUGGUCCCAUGCAAAGGAUAUUAUCCAAUCCUUCAAAAUGUUGGAGAGGUAAAAUGAAUAUAAUCUUCCUUAUAUUUUUAACCUGGGAAAUAUCAGUGAGAAACUACUGGUACUGAAAAUGUUUAUAUUAAUCUUUAGGAAAUAAUAGUUUACAUCUCUGCUUUGAUUUUUUAAAAUAAAAUUACAGCAUCCUCGGUUGGAAGGACCCCCAGAAACCUAAUAUUUGUAUGCCAGCAGUUGUCCAUUCUCAUUUCCUGAAGUGGUCCUUCCAUGGGAGACAGAAGUUGCUGCUUUAUCUCUCCCUUGGUCCCCUGAAGAACUUGCCUUGAUUCUGUUGCACCGUGAUCACGUUUCUGCUCUUUGUUUCUCUUGUUCUUUUUCAUUUUUAAAACAUCCCUUACUCCAAAUAAAGCUUUGUUGUAAUUCAUGCUGCCUCGUGCAGGAAGCUUCACUAUAGCACUCUUCUGCACUGGCACUGUCGAUUCCCAGUUCUGAGGAUGUUCUCCACUCUGUGGGGACUUCUAAAUACCAUGGAGUAUCACUGUAAGCAAGAAAGUGUUCAAGCACUUAGGAAGAAAACACAGAAAUAGGUUGUAGGUUGCUUGCUGCACAAAUUAUAGUCACACACCACUGGGCAGUUCUAAAUUUCCCUUUUAAAAACUGUUCUAUUUACAACUCUAUGAGGGGUCAGAAUGUUCUCUAAUUCUGGUGACAGAUGGAAACUGUUGUAGUAAUUUCCUUCUCCACUGGAAAUUAUGGGGGCCAUUUGUCCUUCCAAUAAUUGCAAUUUGCAUGAGGUUCUGGGGAAGAGUGGUGCAUUUCAGAAUGUUGAGCACUUCUCCAAAGCUCACAGAAUACCUUUUCAGACAGCAGCACUUCAGCUCAGGUUGAAAGGCAGAAUCUCAGACCCUAAUAGUGUGAUCUGCCAUCAUAGGCGUGCUUCUGUGUACCAGUAUUCUUCUGAAUAGUUGUUGCAAACUGGCAGGCCUUCUGCAAUCUUCUUAUCACCAGCAUAGCAAUGCUAAGGGUAAGCAUUCCUUCCCACCUAUGAAACACCAAAAUCCCUUAUUAUUAUCUCAGCAAAGCAUUAUAUUUAUUUGUCUGGCAUAAUACUGAACCCUGUCCUUUAACUACCAUCUGUGAGCAGGCAUGCUGACAUCUCUGUAAACUACUACUGAAGUGUGAGUUAGUAUAUUUUCUGCUCCAUCUGUCCUCAAAGACUUGAACAGGUUAUAUAACAUUUUAAUUUUGGUUAGGUGGAUGGAGAUGUACCAUGUAGAGCAGGCUUCCUCAAACUCGGCCCUCCAGAUGUUUUUGGCCUACAACUUCCAUGAUCCCUAGCUAGCAGGACCAGUGGUCAGGGAUGAUGGGAAUUGCAGUCUCAAAACAUCUGGUGGGCCGAGUUUGAGGAAGCCUGAUGUAGAGAAUGGCAUGCUUUGAUUGGAGACACAAUAAACAAGGAUUAGGGACGGGAUCUAUCUCCCAACUCUGAUAGAUUUUUUUUUAAAAUUAAAUGAGGACUAAAAAAAACCUCUCUCCUUGGAGAGUUACUGUAUAUUACAAAGUUAUUUCAGCUUCAUACCAGUUAAUUGUCCUAGCUGCUCUCAUGAGUCCUGGGAAUUGUAGUUUGCUGAUGAGAACCUGCUGUCAAAUAUCCCUAGGAUAUUUAAAUUCACACAGGCCACCUAUAUGCAACUUUUAGUGAUGUGCAAAUCUGUAAUAGGUGGACAGGUAUAAUUUGAAGCCACACUAUUUUCUAUGUUACAUCAUGUAAACAGGGAAAGAUUGGUGAAACACAUAGACUGUAGUGUUCUUUACUUGUUCACCAAUAAUAAAUACUGGAAAAUAAAAUACUUCACUGAUAUGUUCUAUACACUGUUGUCAGUAACUUAUUUGCUUUAUUUAUUUUCUAGGUUUGGAGUGAUCCAUUCUGUAUUUACAAAUUUGCUUUUGUGGACAAAUGGUGUGUUAACAGAAUCAAAGCAUCAACUUAAUGAACACAAGGAAAGGUUAAUCACUCUUGGAUUUGGAAACAUAACAAUAGGUAAGAUAAUUUUUUUGCUAUAAUUUCUCUUCUCUACAUUGGCUACCCCUCCCCCAAUUCUGUUUUAAAGUCUUGUAGUUUGUGUCCUUUAGUGAGUUGCUGUAGCACUACCUCAGUAUCUUGUGCAUCAAUGAAACUAUUAUCCCUAGUAUCAGGUGUUCCCCUGUCAUCUGUAAUAUAGUCUCCCUCCCCCUCAGGAUUGAGUUUAAAGCUUUCAUGAUCAGGUUUGCAAUACUCUUAGCAAACGUGUUCUUGUCAAUUGCUGUGAGGUUGCAACCCAUCUCCUGCCAGAAGUCCUUCCUCAAGGAAGAAAAGACCAUGGCCCAAGAAACCAAACCUUUCCUGAUGAGACCACCUGCACAGCCAGUGGCUUGCUUCCAGUAUUUCACUGUCUCUUCCUGGGCCAAAACCUUUAACAGGAAGGAGUAAUACCCACCCUACCCCUUUGUACUGCACCCAUCAUGUUUAAAACAUGUAACCAUUUCAAUAUUGGUGCAAAAUUUUCAAUAUUGGUGCAAAAAAUGUGCUUAUGUAUCUCUCACUGAACUCAGUGAGCUUAAUCAUGCCUUGAUCUUUGCCAUUUUUGUGUUCUGUCUUUAUAAACUUGGUAUUUGCUUUAUCUAAGUAGCUGUCCCUUUUGUAAAGCUAUUCCCUCUUGGGCAGCUACUUGAGGCACCAAACUCCCUUUGGCUGAUAUUUCACAAUUUGUUUAGGUAAAAUUAAUACUUAUAAUGUGAUGCCAUCUCAUGUCUUGGUCUCACUCUUUCUUUUUAGAAUUGGAUGAUCAUGAGCCACAGUGUAAUUGUACCACAACAGUCCUCUGCUCCAUAUUUUCCCAAGGAAUAUAUUACCUGUACCCCUUCAACAUUGAGUAUCACAUUAUGGCAUCCACAAUGCUCUAUGUGCUAUGGAAGAAUAUUGGACGCAAAGUGGAACACCUUCAGCAACACAAGAUAAAAUUCAAGUUUCAAGGGAAAACAUUGGGUGCCAUUUUAGGACUGAUUGUGUUCACCACAACAAUAGCUAUUGUUGUUGUCUAUUUGUUUCAGAUAGGGCGUUCAAAAAUAAAGAGCGAAAUAGGACUUAUUAUGUUUUAUUUGUAUAGUAUUGCAGUACUGACAAUGAUGUGUGCAGCUGGGAUAGUCGCUCUUCUGAUUUACCGGCUUGAAGAAAAAUCAUUGGAUGUUUCCAAAAACCCAGCUAGGAAACUUGAUGCAGACUUACUGGUUGGAGCUGCCUCAGGAUCCUGGCUUCUGUCUUGGGGUUCCAUCCUUGCAAUAAUUUGUGCUGAUUCUCACCCUGCAUAUACAUGGUAUAAUCUGCCCUUUUCCAUACUUGUUAUAUUUGAGAAAUAUAUUCAGAACCUCUUUAUAAUUGAAUCCAUACACCGUGAGCAUGAAAAGGUUAAUGAUGACAUUAAAACAAUUCGUAUACUAACUGUGUCCAAUGGAAAUACUCUUUCACCUGCACCUUCUUACAAAGAAAUAUAUAAUGGAAUGGAUGGCAUUCAAAAUGGAGAGUCACCAUACAUGUUUAAUGGAAAUAAUAUUCUGCCUGAGAGCAGUGGAAGUGAUGCUCUAGAUGAAGACAAAAGUCAAGGCAACACACCAGUCACUCCCUCCACCUCUGAUUUCUCACUUUAUAGCAAAAAUUCUUCUGUCAACAACAAAAGAAACAUCCUGAAGAAUAUUGCUGCAUUUUUGUUCCUAUGUAAUCUUUCGGUAAGUUAUUAUGCAAAAAUAAUGGCAAUUAUUCCAGUCUUGCCAACUGAUUAGAAACAAACAAAAGCUAGUUUAGCAGCACUUUGAUCUGUAGAGAUGAUCAAAGAGAUGACCCUAGUCACCGAGUGCUAUCAAAAGCUCAGCUGCAGAGACCAGUUGAGGCAUUGCUGACGUUGUCUCCCACUGUGCCCAUUUUCCUUGAAAACACCAAUCAAACAAGGUCGAGCAAAUUAUUUAAAGUUUAAUCCCUAUGGAAGCUGAAGGCUUUGUUGAAAAAUGUAUUGAUUAACUCACCGAUAAAUCAUAUUGAAAUGGGAUGUGAUGUGCUCAAGCACAGGUUACACAUUUCACUUCAGUGCCAAACUCAAGUGAAGAAGUCACAUUUCAGUUUUGUAGUCUUUGUUAUUAAGUCACACUGAAAUUUUUGGAAGCCUUUUCCUUGAUUACAUACAUUGGAUUUAUAUAAUUUUUUCAACUGGGCUUUAAUGUAAUAUGUGGUUUUAAUCAGUGGUAAUAAAAUGCAGGAAGUCUGAAAGCAGCUUACGGUGCUCAGCGCAAGCUGUGCUGCUUUUGGCAGUGACCAGGACCACUCAGUUAUCUCCAAGCAGCUUCAGAGGAACAGUUGGGAACUUACGUUAACCUGCCCUACCCUGAUUAACCUUUCUCGCACUUGGCAUCAUAUGAUGCCAGGCGAUUGAUAUGUGAGCAGCCUUGCAGAGUUGGGUCACUUUGGGAUUUGCCCUAUGGCCAAAAGUGGUUCCCACCCUGGUUUAUAGGAUCCAGCAUUAGGUAAUGGCUAGUCUCAUACCAGCACUAGAUUAGAUCAGCUCAUGUACCAGUGCUUACUCCAGAAUCAAUGUGUAAAUUGCUAUAUGAAGGAGAAAGACACAACUGAAAGCUGAAAGGGAAAAGUUAAAACUGAUCAUCAUGGCAGCAUAUUUAUAGCAUAUUAUUUAUGAAAAAGCAUUACGGAUCCUCAGGCUUCCUACUGAAGAAACUGUUUUGGGAUUGGCCUGAUAAUUCUUGAGAAGUGGUCUGAGUUUGGUGUGGUUAUGUCCACACCAGUAUCCCUUGCUGUGGUUUGCAGCUCUUCAGUUUGCCCUUGGCUUUCUCCUUGAGUAGACUGGUGCUAUCCUUUGGGCAUUGUCCAUUCUUUGGACUCCUAGCAGCUAUCGCUUCUGAAUGUGGCCUAGAGUCAUUUAUCUACGAAUUUCCCCUAGCUGUACUCCUGGCUAAAGUGAGGUCACCUAGAACUGGCCUCAGAGUUGGUAUUGCAUAAACUAGCUCCACAGCACAGAGAGAAUGUAAAUCAAACAGUUCUGAAGACUCCUCCCUGGGUAUAGUGGAGGUGGGGCACAUUUUACCCUGGAGCCAAACACUCCAAACUGAAUAAUGAUUACCUCUUUCCUUUGGUCAUGUGAAAUCUUGAACAGAUCCAAAUUGGUCCAGUUUUAAAAAGCAAAUUGAGAGGAAGCCAGGCAAGGUUACUUUGAGGCGUAAGUCCUUGGCACAGGCCAACCAGAAUUCUAUGAGCAUAUCAAUUUAAUCAAAAGUAAAAAAUGUGAAAUUCUACAACUGAAAUUUGAGUCAGAUUUUGAAUGAAUAGUCUUAAAAUUUGUUUCCUGUAUAACCUCAUGGGGAUGUUAACAUUUAUAUUUAUUUUCUUUUCAUUCUUAUUCAUAGCUUUGGAUUCCACCAGCUUUUGGCUGCCGCCCUGAGUAUGACAAUGGACUGGAAGAAAUGGUUUUUGGAUUUGAGCCUUGGAUCACGGUGGUUAACCUUGCAAUGCCUUUUUCCAUUUUCUAUCGGAUGCACUCAGCUGCUUCCCUUUUUGAGGUCAUUUGCAAAACAUGA